GAUGGCCUCUUCGACCUGAACGUCGUCCCACCCUCCCUCAGAAAAUGGACAAACACCGAUCGUGCAGUGUUGGUCAGGAGUAGAGGGCCUAUUGCAGGGAUACCUCAAGGGAUGGCUAUGGUGCGCGCAGUUGAAGAGGCUUAUGGAUCGGUAGAGAACGUCAUCUUUGGUCGGGACCCGGAGCUGCUCACCUACGCACCCUAUUUAUGGGUAUUCUUCGCCUCUCCCAGUUCCCUCACAGAAAUAGGAAAAGGAACAACGCUCGAAGUCUCUCUCCCGCCCGUGCUUCCCCCUUCCCCAGGAGGGAUACCUCUCUCCUCUCUCUCCGGCCUCCUGCGCCCAUCACCAGACAUCUCCUUCGUCCGCUCGGAGACCACCGAUUCCUCUCCCGACUCGUCUCCUGAAUCUUCACUGGACUCCUCUUUCGAAUCCCCUUCCGAACCGCCUCUCCCAGACAAGCCAGAUAAUGCCGUGCUGAGAAUCACGAGACACACUGGGCUCCCCGGAGGGUUCAUAACCCCAAAGGCACAAGCAAAGUCCAACAGGCAGAUGUCGAGGCUCAAGACUUUGGAUAUGUUUAGGUCAUUGGAGGGUUGGCAAGGGUUUGGACCUACUCAUACGACAACGGUAGUCAGUGACCAAACCGCUGAGACGACGAUCGAUGCAAGCACUGCAACGGUUACAGAGGCACCUUCGGGACACGUAGACGUCGUAAAAGCAGCCCGGGAAGCCCUGCACAAAAUCCGCCAAGCCAGCAAGAAGGAAGCUGAACGUCUAGGGUGGGAUACCGCCCUCCCUGUACGUCAAGUCCCUGCCGAACCUGCCCCUCCCGAGGCCGCUGAGCCAGCUGCGGCCCCUAUGGAACCAACGAAGGAAGAGAAACCCAAGAAGGAGAAGGUCAAGAAGCCUUCUGUUGAUGCGAGUCAUUUGGGCGCCUUCCUCCCCCCGCAGGAACGGCUCUCCCACCGCUCGAAGAAGGCGCUCGCGACGCGCCUCGCUAAGCUCCAAGAGGACAGGUCGGUGCUGGCUGUCCAGGAACAGAAAGCGAAGGAGGAGAAGGAGGAAGAGGAAGAAAAGGAGAGGGAGGAGGGGAGGAGGAAGGUUCAAGAGAGGAGGGAGAUGCUCUUGGAGAAAAUCAGGAUAGCGAAGGAGAAGAUUGAGGCUAAGGAGGGGAGGAGGGAAGAGGCCUCGCUUUCGGCUUAGAGCAGUCUUCUUUGCAUAUAAUGG